GAGGCCGCAUAAAGCCGCCGCCGCCGCCGCCCCGCGGCCGCCGCCAGCGGAGAGCCGAGCCGCGCCGCGCCGCGCCGGGCCGGGCCGGGCCGCGCCGCCUGCAGCGCCGCGCAGCGCGGGUGCGGGGCGGUGCGGGGCGGUGCGGAGCGGGGCGGGCGGGCCGCCAUGCGCGGGGCGGCCGGGCGCGCGCUGCUGCUGCUGGCGGCGGCGGCGGCGCUGGGCGGCGGCGAGGAGGCGAUCCAGUGCCCGCCGUGCUCGGCGGAGCGGCUGGCGCGGUGCCGGGCGCCGCAGGGCUGCGCGGAGCUGGUGCGCGAGCCGGGCUGCGGCUGCUGCGCCACCUGCGCGCUCGGCCGCGGCACCGCCUGCGGCGUCUACACGGCGCGCUGCGGCGCCGGGCUGCGCUGCUACCCGCCCCGCGGCGUGCCGCGCCCGCUGCACACGCUCAUGCACGGCCAGGGCGUCUGCACCGACCUGGCCGACGUCGAGGCCAUCCAGGAGAGCCUCCAGCCGCCAGAGAAGGAGGAGAUCGACCACCCCAACAACAGCUUCAGCCCCUGCAGCAUCCAGGACCGCAAGUGCCUGCAGAAGCAGCAGGCGAAGCGCGUCAACAACGGCAACAAGAUGCGGAACAGCGGGAGCCACCGCGAGGAGACGCGGCCCAUAGCGCAGGGCUCGUGCCAGAGCGAGCUGCACCGGGCGCUGGAGAGGCUGGCGGCGUCGCAGACCCGCACGCACGAGGACCUCUACGUCAUCCCCAUCCCCAACUGCGACCGCAACGGCAACUUCCACCCCAAGCAGUGUCACCCGGCGCUGGACGGGCAGCGCGGCAAGUGCUGGUGCGUGGACCGCAAGACGGGCGUGAAGCUGCCGGGCUUCCUGGAGCUGAAGGGGGACUUGGACUGUCACCAGCCGGCGGACAGCAUGUGACCGUCCCCUAGGACCGCGGAUGCUGCCGCAGCAUCUCCCGGCGCCCGCGGCUCCGGAGCCGGCCGCGAGCACCGCGGCCCCCGCGCGCUGCGGCACCUUGCCGGCCCGCGGCACCCAAGUGCCUCGUCCCGACCUCCCCGAGCCCCCGCGCAGGGCCGCCGGGAAGCACCCGCUCGUCCCCCCGCUGCCCUGCCGCCCCGGCGCCGCGGGACACCGGGAGCAGGGAGCGGCGCCCGCCCGGCACCGAGGGCUUUUCUGUGCCCCCCUCCCUCCCCCCCAAAGAUGUAAAAUAUUGAAAGAACGCGGCUGGCGGAGUUGAGGGCGGCUCUGUGGCCCGUCCGGCUGCGAGGCCUCGUCGGUGGGAGACGGGACGCCUCCGUCACUGCUUCUUGUCUUUGCGCCUUCCGACUUGGCCAACUCGACAAAACCGAGACGAAUUUCUGAAAUGCUUCAGAGACGCGAGGACUGUGGGUUUUGCAGCACAAAGUUUCCCGCUGCAAAGUUUUCACUAUUUUUGUAGCCUUGUUUUUUUUUUUUCUUUCGAAGCGCUUCUGCGGGAGCCGGCCGGGUUGGAAACCGUUCAUCUAAAUGACUUUUGGGUGACAAAUGGCCUUUUUGGUUGCGAGUUUGCCAAAGACGGGAGCGACUCUGCCGCCCUUGGCCGGCGGCCCCGGGCCGCGUUGCCCCUCGCUGUGGCCGGCAGCAGCUCUCGGGCCCCGGCGCGGGAGGAAGCGUUUCAGUUUUAGUGAAGCGCACGCUCGGGCCGGCCCCGCGGGAGACGAACCGGGCAUCGCCGCCCGGGCUGUUUCCGUCUCCCUCCUGCAGUUUCAGGCUGUAUUUACCCGCGGUCGUUACACCGGGUGACCUGCCCCGGCGGGUGUUUUCACGCCGGCGCGGGUUUGUCAUCGCCUCCUCGGCGCAGCCCGUCCCUCCAGGCUCCCUCUGCGUGUAGCAACGUCCCUCUCUUACCAGUAAACUUGAAGCUUUGUAUCAUCAAAAAGGAGAAAAAAAUAUAAUUGCCAUAUUUAA